CAUGAACAUGAUGGAUAAAAGUCAAAGUGAAAAACAUGCAAAAUGCAAUUACAGUUAAGCUAAAACCACCGAUUAAAAGGCAUAGCAACUUUUUGCAGGUAAAGGAAAGGAAACAAAGUUUAUAGCAGGCGCCGAAAAGGGUGCAGUGAAGGCGCCUGCUUCAUCUCAAAAGGCAGGGGGUUUCAGAGUGUACUUGCUGCAUCUAGGCUUCUUGGGCAAAGCCUUACAACAUGCCUAAGUCUUGGCGCAUCUCUGUCUGUAAAAUGAAAGCUUCAUAAUAAUAUUUUUUAAAAAUAAACCACAGUUCUCUUUGGCUCUCUCGCUCCCCAACCCGUUUUCUCAAUUCCCUUCUCUUCAACUGUGCGCACUAAUCUCCAAGCCUAUGGGGCUAUUUUCCAGUUUUGCUAAGGGGUGAUGCCAAGGGAAGGGUGCGCUCCAGCCAAUCUAGAUUGGUCAAGCAGCGCUUGAAAAGUGAACUUGAAACUCGCUCCUCCCCAAAAGCCGCCUCCCCAUUGGAGCGCUUCUCUCCAAGGAAAACGCGCCGGCCAAUUGGCAGCCAGGAGGGGCUAUAAAGGCGCCGAACUCCAGAAACCUGGAGCGAGCCUUGACGAGCAAGGGCAAUUUUGGAAGCGAAAAGCAGCUUUGUUGGAAGAGAGCGAGGCAGCGCUUUUGCAAGAUGAAAACUACCAACAGCCAAGGAGGAAGCUACCCCAAAGUCGGAGGAGAAAGGCGAAAAAGGACUGUUUUCAGCCCAUCUCACGUCGAGCUCCUAAAAAAGUCCUUUGAAGAGAACCGGUACCCCGGAUACGAGACUAGGGAGGCGCUAGCGAGGUGCAUCGGAGUCGAAGAAGAUCGUGUGCACGUCUGGUUUCAAAACAGAAGGGCCAGAACACCAAAGAGGAUAGGUUCCAGGAUAAGGAUCAGGAACCAUGCUGCAACUCCUUAUAGCCACAGUGAGAGAACCUGUCCAAGAAGCAGCCUGGACAGCAGCCCGAGAAGCAGUCCAGGAAACCUCCAAAAUAUUCACAAGGAACAAUAUUAUCAGCCACAGAACUUUCAUUAUGCUGAAAGCUAUGGAGGAGCAGGGUUGUGGCAGCAACCUCUCAACAACACGCAACCAGGAGAGUGUGCCCCGCAACAGCAGGGCUCCCUGGAAUUGAACCCUGCUUAUUACCAGCAAGCUGCUUUUUGUGGAACUGGGCUUUGUGAGACUUCUCAGGCGAGCAACUGCCCAGUUCCAUAUUAUGGUGCGGAGAUGGUGAGGCAGCCUCCACCAUCAUCUGAUAACUUCUUCAUGGCAUCAAGCACUUAUACUCCCUGGUCUGCAACGGGGAAUUAUUCAGCUACAAAUCCUGUACAAAUGCAGAAUGUUGAUGGAAGUGCUUCGGACUCUCAGUUUUUCUCUUUAAGUCAGGUUCCAAAUUAGCAUCCCAACUCCCCAACUCCUUCCUUGCUAUCCUGUAGAUAUUUUACAAGCUCCCUCUUUUAAUGCCUUUUAAUGUAUGACUUGGAUGUUUUGAAUAAAGUUUGUUCUUUUAA